CCUUCUCAUCCCGGCAAGGUUGGACGUCCUCUCGCCGUUGUCCAUUCCAUAUCAACACAUACAUUCAGCACAGGUCAACAAUUCGCAGGGAAACAUGUCUAAGGGGCCAGCAGUCGGAAUUGAUCUGGGAACCACCUACUCCUGUGUUGGUGUGUUCCAGCAUGGCAAGGUGGAAAUCAUCGCCAACGACCAGGGCAACAGAACCACACCCAGCUACGUGGCAUUUACAGACACAGAGCGGCUGAUAGGAGAUGCAGCCAAGAACCAGGUUGCCAUGAACCCCACCAACACAGUCUUUGAUGCCAAACGACUGAUUGGCCGCAGAUUCGACGACCCAGUUGUCCAGUCUGACAUGAAGCACUGGCCAUUCAAUGUUAUCAAUGACAACAGUCGCCCUAAGGUCCAAGUUGAAUACAAGGGAGAAUCAAAGUCCUUCUACCCCGAGGAGGUCUCUUCCAUGGUUCUGACAAAGAUGAAGGAAAUUGCUGAAGCCUACCUUGGAAAAACUGUCAACAAUGCUGUAAUCACAGUACCUGCCUACUUCAACGACUCCCAGCGUCAGGCCACCAAGGAUGCUGGUACGAUCUCUGGCCUCAAUGUUCUGCGUAUCAUCAAUGAGCCCACUGCAGCUGCGAUCGCCUACGGGUUGGACAAGAAGGUUGGAUCAGAGAGAAACGUCCUCAUCUUUGAUCUGGGUGGCGGCACCUUCGAUGUGUCCAUCUUGACCAUUGAAGAUGGCAUCUUUGAGGUCAAGUCCACAGCUGGAGACACUCAUCUUGGUGGGGAGGACUUUGACAACCGCAUGGUGAACCACUUCAUCGCAGAGUUCAAGCGCAAGUACAAGAAGGACAUCAGCGACAACAAGAGGGCCGUCCGCCGUCUGCGCACCGCUUGUGAGAGAGCGAAGCGCACCCUGUCUUCCAGCACCCAGGCCAGCAUCGAAAUCGACUCUCUGUACGAGGGAGUGGACUUCUACACCUCCAUCACCAGGGCUCGCUUUGAGGAGCUCAACGCUGACCUCUUCCGUGGCACCCUGGACCCCGUGGAGAAAUCCCUCCGUGACGCCAAGAUGGACAAGGGCCAGAUCCAUGACAUCGUGCUGGUCGGUGGCUCCACCCGUAUCCCCAAGAUCCAGAAACUGCUCCAGGAUUUCUUCAAUGGGAAGGAGCUCAACAAGAGCAUCAACCCAGAUGAGGCUGUGGCCUAUGGAGCUGCUGUCCAGGCUGCCAUCCUCUCUGGUGACAAGUCGGAGAACGUGCAGGACCUGCUGCUUCUGGACGUCACCCCCCUGUCUCUGGGUAUCGAGACGGCCGGAGGUGUCAUGACAGUUCUGAUCAAACGUAACACCACCAUUCCCACCAAGCAGACCCAGACCUUCACCACAUAUUCCGACAACCAGCCUGGUGUCCUCAUCCAGGUUUACGAGGGUGAGCGUGCCAUGACAAAGGACAACAACCUGCUGGGCAAGUUUGAGCUGACGGGCAUCCCUCCUGCUCCUCGUGGUGUUCCUCAGAUUGAGGUGACAUUUGAUAUUGAUGCCAACGGUAUCAUGAAUGUCUCAGCUGUUGACAAGAGCACCGGCAAGGAGAACAAGAUCACCAUCACCAAUGACAAGGGUCGUCUCAGCAAGGAGGACAUUGAGCGUAUGGUUCAGGAAGCUGAGAAGUACAAGGCCGAGGAUGACGUCCAGCGUGACAAGGUGUCUGCAAAGAACGGCCUGGAGUCGUACGCUUUCAACAUGAAGUCAACCGUGGAGGACGAGAAGCUUGCUGGCAAGAUCAGCGAUGACGACAAGCAGAAGAUCUUGGAGAAGUGCAACGAGGUCAUCAGCUGGCUGGACAAGAACCAGACUGCAGAGAGGGAUGAGUAUGAACAUCAACAGAAGGAGCUGGAGAAGGUGUGCAACCCCAUCAUCACCAAGCUGUACCAGAGUGCUGGCGGUAUGCCUGGUGGAUGCCAGAGGGCAUGCCAGGUGGCUUCCCUGGAGCUGGCGGUGCUGCUCCUGGUGGUGGAUCCUCUGGCCCAACCAUCGAGGAGGUUGAUUAAACAUUCCUGCACUUCACCUACCUCCUGAGAUCUUUUCUAAGAAAGAAACCCUCUUACGGCGCACGUUUCAACUAGCUAAAGAGUGUAAUUUAAUAAAUUAAAUGGGGAUCAAUUUUAUUUUGUUUGGGACACAAGCGGGAUAAACUUGUCUGCACAUCUAAGCACUCGCUUCACAUGAAGUGUUUUGUAUACAGACAUGUCACUGCCUUGACAAUAAAUCUUGAAACCCUU